CUUACACAAAGGUGAUCUCAGCACCUGGAGUCACACACCUUUAAUCCCAUCUCUAGAGAGGUGGAGACAGGAGUGAUAUGGCUGGACUGAGAAAAGAAUAAAAGGGAGAAGACAGGAACUGAGAGCUUUUGCCUUUGAGGAUUCUUGGAGACAGGAUUGCCAUUUCAGCUUGGUAGAGGUGUCACAUCCCUGAACUGGAGUUGCAGACAGUCAUGAGGUGCCAUGUGGGUUGUGGGAACUGAACCUGGGUCCUCUGGAAGAGCAGCCAGUGCUCUUAACUGCUGAGCCAUCCCUCCAGCCCCUAUAUUGGCUGGAUACAGCAAAUAUCAUUUUCAAGAUGUCCAGCAAAGGGAGCAGCACAGAUGGCAUAACAGAUUUAGUUAAUGGAAGCCUGUCUAGCAGUCCAGAAGAGAUGUCUGGAGCUGAAGAGGGGAGGGAAACAUCCUCAGGUAUUGAAGUAGAGGCCUCAGACCUGAGUUUGAGUUUGACUGGGGAUGAUGGUGGCCCCAACCGCACCAGCACAGAAAGUCGAGGCACAGACACAGAGAGCUCAGGUGAAGAAAAGGACUCUGACAGCAUGGAGGACACUGGUCAUUACUCCAUCAAUGAUGACAGCCGAGUCCAUGACCACUCAGAAGAAGAGGAAGAGGAACAACCUCGGCACCGAGUACAGCGCAAACGGGCCAGCCGUGAUCAGGACUCCUCAGAUGAUGAACGAGCCCUGGAAGACUGGGUAUCCUCAGAGACAACAGCUUUGCCCCGACCUCGCUGGAAAGCCCUUCCUGCCCUUCGGGAGCGGGAGCUGGGUUCAAGUGCCCGUUUUGUGUAUGAGGCUUGUGGGGCAAGAGUCUUUGUACAGCGUUUCCGCCUGCAACAUGGGCUUGAGGGCCAUACUGGUUGUGUCAAUACCUUGCACUUUAACCAGCGUGGGACCUGGCUGGCCAGUGGCAGUGAUGACUUGAAGGUGGUGGUGUGGGAUUGGGUGAGACGGCAACCAGUACUGGACUUUGAGAGUGGCCACAAAAGUAAUGUCUUCCAGGCCAAGUUCCUUCCUAACAGUGGUGAUUCCACCCUGGCUAUGUGUGCCAGGGAUGGGCAGGUCCGUGUAGCAGAAUUGUCUGCUACACAGUGCUGCAAGAACACAAAGCGUGUGGCCCAGCACAAAGGAGCAUCCCACAAGUUGGCCCUAGAACCAGAUUCUCCCUGUACGUUCCUGUCAGCUGGUGAAGAUGCUGUUGUCUUCACCAUUGACCUGAGACAAGAUCGGCCAGCUUCGAAGCUGGUGGUGACAAAAGAGAAGGAGAAGAAAGUGGGGCUGUACACAAUCUAUGUGAACCCUGCCAAUACCCACCAGUUUGCAGUAGGGGGACGAGACCAGUUUGUAAGGAUUUAUGACCAGAGGAAAAUUGAUGAGAAUGAGAACAAUGGAGUACUGAAGAAGUUCUGUCCUCAUCACUUGGUGAACAGUGAGUCCAAAGCAAACAUCACCUGUCUUGUGUACAGCCACGACGGCACAGAGCUCCUGGCCAGUUACAAUGAUGAAGACAUUUACCUUUUCAACUCUUCUCACAGUGAUGGGGCCCAGUAUAUUAAGAGAUAUAAAGGUCAUAGAAAUAAUGCUACAGUAAAAGGUGUCAAUUUCUAUGGCCCCAAGAGUGAGUUUGUGGUGAGCGGUAGUGACUGCGGGCAUAUCUUUCUCUGGGAGAAGUCAUCUUGCCAAAUCAUUCAGUUCAUGGAGGGGGACAAAGGAGGUGUGGUAAACUGUCUUGAGCCCCAUCCUCACCUACCUGUUUUGGCAACCAGUGGCCUGGACCAUGAUGUGAAGAUCUGGGCACCCACAGCUGAAGCUUCCACUGAGCUCACAGGGUUAAAGGAUGUGAUUAAGAAGAACAAGCGAGAACGGGAUGAAGAUAGCUUGCAUCACACUGACCUGUUUGAUAGUCACAUGCUUUGGUUCCUUAUGCAUCACCUGAGACAGAGACGCCAUCAUCGGCGCUGGCGAGAACCUGGGGUUGGGGCCACAGAUGCGGACUCUGAUGAGUCUCCCAGCUCCUCAGACACAUCCGACGAGGAGGAGGGCCCUGACCGGGUGCAGUGCAUGCCAUCCUGAGGCCCCAAACUUAAGAGGGAUGGGCUGGGGCUGCCAACCCAAUCCUGCCUGGGCAACUCUUUUUGGUCCCAGGCCCUUACAUUCAUCAGAAAUGCACUUUGGACUUUUUGUUUAAAUAAAAGAAAGAUAUCUGAGAAGGACAGACCACAGGAGAUUGAACCAGCAGAGAGCCCCUAGGAGUGAGAGACGCCGGUAUGAGCUUCCAUGGAAAGGUGCAAAGGACUCAGCAGAAAUGGGCCUCUCCCUGAAGCCUUUUGUUCAGGGGGUGAGAAACAAAGCCUUUUGUUAGCAGGCUUGGAUAGGAAAUGGGGCUUAUUUUUCUUUAACCUCCCUUGUUUCUUUUGUGGGGGGUGGGGGAAGGACUGACUGUUCAAUACCAAGGGGCCAGAGAGGAGGGUGAGAAUGCCACUCUUCUUUGGUUUAGGUUUUUCUCCCCCCUUCCCCUCUUUUUUUUUUUUUUUUUUAAAGAAAUCUGACAGUUCCUUUAUUUUUUUUUUUUUUUUAUCCCUGAGCAACCACAUCCCAGGACCCUGUUUUUCUGGAAAAUCCUUAAGAGUCCCUAACCAUCCCAGUACUUUUCCCUUCACUGCACUAUUCUCUGUACUUGUCACAGUGUUUUGCACUUGAUUACGUAUCUUCCACUUUGUCUCUCCAUCCUGCCACUCUCUAAAUGGGGGUCUGCGAUGGAGGCUGUGAAGAAGGGGCUGGGCAAGAGGUGGAAGAGCAGGAAGAAGUUACCUCUGUUUUGUUUUUAAUUUUUCGGUGGCAGCAAUUUCCCUGUCCCUAUCACUGUUAGAGGCCUAAUUUUAUAUCUAUAAAUAUAUUAAAAAGCAAGUUAAACUUGGAUGUAUCAAGUUAAAAUUAUUGUCGAAAGUUUAAAUGCCUAUAUAUUCUCUAUGAAUACAAUGCAAUAAAGGGACUUACAGGAAGAA